AUGUUCAACCGGCCGCCGAAGCAGAUGAUCCAGGGUGUAGGCCUUUCUCUAAGUCAGCUGUGCUGGGAGACGGAUGAAGGAGGCGAGGAACCGGUGACUUUCAAGGAGGUGACUGUAGACUUCAGCCAGGAGGAGUGGGGCCAGCUGGAUGCUCUUCAAAGGGCUCUGUAUCGGGAAGUGAUGCUGGAGAACUACCAGAACCUUCUUGCCCUCGAGUGGAAGGCGGAGCCUGAGGUGAUGGAGGAGGACCUUUACAAACCAGGGCUGUCUCAGAAGCUGGUUCUGAAGCAGCUGAAGAGGCCAAGUCAGAUGGGAGCCAGAACAGAGAGCCACCCGUCAGAAGAGCCCCGGCAAUCCCCACUGGAGCACAGGCAGCAUUGGAUGGGCAGGGACGCCGAGGAGAGCAGGUUUGCGUGCAACCAGUGUGGGGAGGUAUUCUCGCGGAGCUCAGCUCUGGCACUGCAUUUGCGCUGGCAUGGCAAGAAGCGCCACGAGAGCGACAAGGCCUUCCCCUGGAGCACCAGCCUCAUGAAGCACCAGCGCAGGCUCUCUGGCGAGAAACACUUUUUUUGCGGUGAGUGUGGCAAGGCCUUCAGCUGCCACUCAUCUCUCAACGUGCACCACAGCAGCCACAUGGGCGAGAGGCCCUACAAGUGCGGCGCCUGCGAGAAGGCUUUCAGCUGCAGCUCGCUGCUCAGCAUGCACCGCAGGGUGCACACCGGGGAGAGGCCCUACGCAUGCGGCAAGUGUGGCAAGGCCUUCAACCAGCGCACGCACCUCACUCGCCACCUCCUCAUCCACACCGGCGAGAAGCUUUACAAGUUCGGGUGCGGCCAGGCCUUCACCUGCCAUUCCUCGCUCGCGGUGCACGAGAAGACCCACAGCGGCGACAAGCCAUUCAAGUGCGCGGAGUGCGGCAAGGCCUUCCACAGCCGCGCGCGCCUCACCCUCCACCAGAGGACGCACACGGGGGAGAAGCCUUUCCGAUGCUCCGACUGCGGGAAGGCCUUCAGCUGCCACUCCUACCUCCUGGUGCACCAGCGCACCCACAGCAGCGAGAAGCCGUUCCGUUGCUCCGAGUGCGGCAAGGCUUUCGGGUCACACUCCUACCUCAUAGUGCACCAGCGCGUCCACACCGGCUAGAAGCCCUUUGACUGCAGCAGGUGCUGGAAGGCCUUCAGCUGCCAUUCAUCCCUCAUAGUGCAUCAGCGCAUCCACACUGGCGAGAAGCCCUACAAAUGCCACCAGUGUGGCAAGGCCUUCAGCCAGAACCACUGUUUUAUCAAACACCAGAAGGUUCACUCCAGAGAGAAGGCGUCCAAGUGCAGCGAGUGUGCAGGGGAGGCCUGCAGCUGGAGCCCACACCCGGAUCACCAGAGGCUGCACAGCACCUUUCACCCAGCUCAGUAG